CUUGAAACCCACAAGUGCUUUCAAGAUAAAGCUUAGAUUAUGUAAAAGUUUGAGAGAGAGAAAAAAAGCAUGCAUAUUUUAUCGCUCACACAAAAGUCACGUGAUCUAAAACUAUCGUCUGCAACAAGUUAAAGAAAAAAAUAUAAGCACGCAACUCAAAAAUCACUGGCAUCAACAAGUGUUUAUUGGAAAAUAUUACCCAAAUAUCUGCGGUGGGCUCCAUCAAAAUUCGGAGAGAAGAUGUUUGGAAUAAUUUUCCUGAUUUUAAUGGAUAUCUUCAUAUUCACCUUGGGAGAAGAGAGCGCUUAUCGCUGUGCAGUGACGAUAUGUAACCGAGGCAAAGAAGAUUUGUCGCCCCUCCAUUGUCAGAGCGGGUCUAUGCUGAUCACCGAGGUUAAUAGUGCAAAUACAGGGGAGCCAAAUGCCCUCGCCUUUCAGAACAUGCGGCGCAUGUGUAUGGGAAAGCCCGACUGUCCAACUGAGAAAUUCUGUGAACAGAAUGGCGUCAGCCUACACGUGGUUUACCAUUGUAUAGAAGAUACCAAUAUAACUUGUGAAGAGAGUCAAGAAAUAAUCAACACAACACAAGGAGUAGUUAAAAAUCUUGCCUACCCCUCCACCGACAAAUCUAAGUGUUCUGUGCGGGUCAAGGUCCCAGAAGAUGCAUACAUAAACGUCAUCAUUCACGACAUGGAGCGGCUCGCCUCUGGACCCGAGUGUGAUGGAGGAUUAUCUCUGCGCACUACCCGGAAGUGUAAUUUUGACAAAACUUUUCCGCGUAAAACGCUGUGUACCUUUAGUGGAAAUGUUACGGUGAUUCAGGCCUGUGGUGACGUAGACAUAAGUAUGACGUCAAGCAAGGAGGGCUUCCGGUUCUACAUCUCAUUUAUAGUAACUCCAAAGGGUGAGGUACCACAUGACAACUACCUGGACCCCAUAUCCAAUCAAUGUCCCCCAGGCGCUUCCAUCGACAAAAACGUCGAUAGUUUUCCAAUUGGCUCUUAUCCCGACUCGGCACAUGGCAAUGAUCAGAUGAAUAACGAAACAAAAACUCUGGUCACCAUCUUGAACGGCGAUUCCGUGUCGUCCGUUGACUAUACCGAGAGAGCAGUGUUUUAUGUGGCGUUGAUUGUAGCAGCUCUAAGUCUGACCGGGCUUAUUGUAGUCACCGCCAUUUGUGUAAGAAGACAACACCAGCUGAAAUAUGGCGGUAGUAUUGAUAUUGCUUCUCUGAUCAGUGGGCGUUCUCCUUCCCUUGAUGUGGCAGCACUCCGAUCGCUACCUCUGAUGUCAUCAUCUACGUCAUCAUCACGACAGAACAACUCCGGAAACAGUCACGCUCGACUGGAGGAAGGAUACAGCGUUGUGGCUGAUGAGAUUCCAUACACAGAGCCAACAGACGAACUGAGGUCUCCCGCAUAUGCAGAGGUAGAAGACAACAUCAUCACUGGAAACGCAGGGGCCUCAUCCGGAAGGGGUUCCGAAAGGUUUCCGUUCGGGUUACCAGGAACAAAUCUCUUAACAACGGAAAGAAAAUCGGUGGAGAAUGUUUAUUCAGAUUUAUCCGACAAAAAUGUAUAUCAUGAAAUUUCAGAUGAUUUGAUUAGAGCAGAAAAUGUUUACGUUCCAAGUCAAAUACCUCCCAUGACUUUAUCCAUAUUUACUGGUAAAAGAAAUGUAAAUAAAGCCAAGAACAAAAGUUUGCAAUCUAUAGGCAAACAAGAUUCUGAAGAAACAUAUAUUUUGUGCCAAACACCUGAGAAAGAAAGGUCGCUUUCCCCUGAUUCUAGAAAAUAUGAUUCAGAUGGAAGUUUAAUUUCCAUAGAAAAUGACACAUACGAUAUUUAUCAGUCAGUAGAUGUGUGAUGAGAGAGA